AUGUCCGCUAUAUCCGGACCAAUGAACAUGGGUGCCGUACGACGACAGGCGACUGAGCAAGGGAGCUCACGAAAUAUGGCGUUAAUGUCCGGUGUAACUACAGCCGAGGCAUUAACGAGACAAAGCUGCCGUUCAAAGUCUGUGAAGUCGACAAGCUCGUCUGUGAGAAGACGCGAGUUAUUGGCCAAAGAAAGAUUGGCUCAGGCGGAAGUUAAUCUAGCUCGCAUAGAGUUAGAGCGCAUACAAUGCGAGGAGGAGGAAUGUUCGGCUGAGGAACCGGGCGAUAAUAUGUCCCGGGUUGAAGAUUGGUUGCAUACGUCGCAACAAGGCGAUUGCCAAGAAGAAAUAAAGCCGUGUAAUAAAUAUUCCCCUCAAGAAAAUGAAGCCGCCGAGCAAGAAUGCAGUUCGACAAAGAAAAUUACGUCGGAAGUAGAAGCUCUCACAAUCGCUUUAAAGGAAGCAAUGUCUACAAGAGAAGGUUCAUCUGCGCAGCCAAAAUUUAUUUAUGAAUUGCCUUUUUUUGACGGCAACAUCGAAGAAUGGCUGGCCUUUAAAGUUAUGUAUGAAGACACCGCUUUUAUGUUCAGCAGUGUACAAAAUAUGGCGCGGCUGAGACGGGCAAUUAAGGGCAACGCUAAAGAAGCGAUUAAAAGUCUAUUAUUCUCAGACACAGGCCCAGACGAAGUUAUGCGAGCCCUCGGCCGGAGGUAUGGUCGUCCAGAUGCUUUAGUUAUGGCGGAGUUAGACAAAAUAAGGUCGCUCCAACGUAUAAGUGAAAACCCGAGCGAUAUAUGUGCGUUCGCAAAUCAAAUAAAUAAUAGCGUCGCUACAAUAAGAGGUCUGAAAAAGCCAUAUUAUCUUCGAUCACCUGAAAUGUCAAGGCAAAUUCUCGACAAGUUGCCGUCUGUUUUAAAGUUUAGAUGGUACGAUUACGCGGCAAAAAUAGACGAAGACGAUUGCUCGGACCUCGAGUCGAUAUCUACGUUCCUGAAUAACGAGGCAGACAAAUGUGGGGCCUUUGCCACUGUAAAUCUAAAAAGCGGCUGCAGAAGAAACACGAGAAGUUUAGUGAACUCUACACGUCAACUAGAUCAAAGCGAGCCACAAACGAAAGAAAUUAAAUGUCCAUUGUGCCAAGGCAAUCAUUUUCUUGUGGCUUGUCAAAACUUUAGGGACAAGUCCACACAAGAUAGAUGGGUAACGGUUAAAAGUAUAGCCGUUUGUUUUAAAUGUCUUCGUCAUAAAUUUACGAAAGGUUAUUGUCGCAGUCCGCCGUGCAAGAUAUGCAGGCGAGGACACCACACAAUGUUACAUUAUAAAAGAAGCGAACGUUUGAAUAAUGAGCAAGCCUCGUCACAAGAAGUUACAAUCGAGGCGCAACAAAUCAACACGGUACAAGCCCAGAAAGCCUAUCUUAAGAUGAUCCGUGUCGAAGUAUUUGGAAGCAAAGGGUCUAAGAGAAUAAUGGCGCUUUUAGACGAAGGCUCUACAGUGUCUUUAUUAAACGCCGAUGUGUCUCAAGAAAUUGGUUUAUCAGGCCGCACGGAAAGUCUUGUUUUGGAAACCGUAGGCGGCAAACGCAUAAUCGAGACUGAUUCCCAGAAAAUUAACUUAAAGAUAAAAGGAAUUCACCAAAACAAAACAAGGGUUUUACAAGGCGUGCGUACGGUGCAAAAUCUCAAGCUUGCGUCACAGUUAUUAGAGAAGACAAAGCUUGAAACUUAUUCCCAUCUGAGGGAAUUUAGCGACACAUUGUAUUACGAAGAAGAACCACCUCAGCUUCUUAUAGGGCAAGAUAACUGGGAGUUUAUUAUCUCUCGGGAGGUCAGAAAAGGAAAGCCCGGACAGCCAGUUGCGUCCAUGACAAAACUAGGAUGGGUAUUGCACGGAUUAGAUAUGGGAUAUGGAAAAUCCAUCCGCCUUUCUGAGAAAUGUGCACACGUUAAUGGAAUCGACGACGAAAUGCACAUGACUAUUAAGGAACACUUCUCAAUAGAGGCCCUUGGAGUACAACCCAAAAGGCCGAGUACUGACUCGGAAGGAAAAGCUUUAGCGCUUUUAGAGGCAACGUGUAAGCGCCUCUCAGAUGGCCGAUUCGAAGCAGGUCUUUUGUGGAAAAACAAAGAUGAAAUAAUGCCUAAUAACUACACAUCUGCGGAAAAUAGGCUAAAAUAUAUUGAAAAAAAGCUUGAUAGAAAUCCGGAGCUGAAAAUGAAAUAUAACGAACAAAUUCAAAAGCUUAUCGAAAAUAAAUACGCGGAAGAAGCUCCCAUCGGUUCAAAAUCAAAUCGUCUGUGGUACCUGCCUCACUUUUCUGUUGAGCACCCUGUAAAAAGAAAAUUAAGAAUUGUAUUCGACGCAGCGGCUAGGUAUCAAGGAAAAAGUCUUAACGACGCUCUGUUACCGGGUCCCGAUCUACUACAAUCGCUCUUCGGUGUCCUUUUACGGUUUAGACAAGGUCCGUACGCAGUUGCGGCAGACAUUCGAGAAAUGUUUCUACAAAUUCGAAUUAAGCCCGAUGAUAGAGAUAGUUUGAGAUUUCUGUGGCGCGGCGAUCGUCGUGAUAUACCGCCGAUUGAAUAUAGAAUGACGUCUGUCGUCUUUGGUGCGACGUCAUCUCCCAGUAUAGCCAUUUACGUGAAGAAUAAGAAUGCCGCCGACUUUAAAGAACAGUACCCGGAAGCUUUUCAAGCCAUAGACAGGAAUCAUUAUAUGGAUGAUUAUUUGCAUAGUUUUCAUACGGAGGAAGAGUUCCUAAAGGUGACAAAGCAAGUCGAUGUAAUCCACAAAAAGGCAGGUUUCGAACUCAGAGGUUGGACUUCAAACAAACCAUCUCUGCUAAAUGGUUUUAAUAUUGAAAAUCCGGAGACAAAAGAAGUAAACCUAGUUGAAAAAGAAGAGAAAACGUUGGGUCUACGAUGGUUGAUCGAAGAGGAUACUAUAGGUUUCCGGGCUAACCUACGCAACACACCGACAGACAUCGCGCGAGGCGAAAAGGUGCCCACUAAAAGGGAAGUUACAAGCGCCGUCAUGUCUACGUUCGACCCUUUAGGUUUGGCAUCGCCAAUAUUAAUACAGGGCAAGAAACUUCUUCAACACAUAUGGAGAAGCGGUGUAGAUUGGGACGACAAGAUAGAAAACAGCAUUCGAUAG